UGGGUAAAAUUCAAGAUGGCUGCGCCCAUGGCUGGAAAGUUUGAUGGAAAUCUCUGUGAUAUUUUGCAACAUGUUCAACAGAUAGACACAUUCCUCGAUGUUAUGUUUGAGUUCCUGUACAGAAGGACAGACUUCUAUAAACUGAUGCGCCAUGAGCACGACACAAUGGGGUUGCCUCCAGGAAUGGCUAAAAAGUUAGUCAUGAAGGCUUUCACAAAGUACGAGAAAAUUGGCAAUGGUCCACCGCUUGAAGAGUUGGAGAGUUCCUUAAUGGCGGCUGUGCCAAACCCAAGCAAUACAGUUGAGAUUACGGAACUGCCUGAUGUUGAAAAACCUUCAAGCAGGGAAGAGAGUAAGUCGGAAGACGUGGGAGAAAGAAAAGAAAGACUCACAGACGAGACGAAUGAGGACAGAGGAGAAGUUGCUGGAGAAACUGUGAAACAAGAUUUGUCAUCGACAACUUUACAACAAAAGAGAACCAGUGCAAUGAUAUCAUCAGCAGACACCUACAACGGGGCAUUAAGGGAGACGUACGCCUGGGCUCAGACAUUACAUGACCUUGAUGUCAAGGUGUUUGUUCCAGAGACACUGAAGAAAGCCAAAGAUCUCAAGGUGGAAAUUAAAGAAGAUUCAAUAAAGGUUGCUGUUCAGAGUCAUCACGCGGGUACGUCAGAGCCCCAGGUGUUAAUUGAGGGCAAGCUGACAAUGAAGAUCCGCUGUGAUGAAUCAAUUUGGAGUCUGCAUCCUGGCAGUUAUGUACAGCUCAGCCUUGAGAAGCACAGGGACGCCUGGUGGCGUGCGGUGGUGCAAGGAGAACCAGAAAUCGAUAACAAGAGUAUCAGUAACGUCCAGAAUGUCAGCGAUAUGGACGAGGAUGCCCAACAAGACUACCAGAGAGUCAUGUUCGACAUGGAACAGAAGAGACAAGGAAAACCGACGAUUAAAGAAAUGGAGACACAGGAAAUUCUACGGAAAGCUUGGAACACUGACGGUUCACCCUUCAAGGGCACCGAGUUUGAUCCCUCCGCAUUGAACAUUACCACAUGAUGUUGUUUUCGCAUAUGUGAUUAGCAUAUUUGAAUAUUCAUUAGGUGAGGUUUGCAGUAGCAGGGUUGUGUAAAUCUCUUUUGAGUCGUGUUGGUUCUGAAAAGAACCGGUGAUUGACAACUCAAGAACCGACACUUCUCAUAAGAGAUUUACACAUUGUGCUACUGCAAACCUCAUGUUAUUAUACUCCCACCAUGCAAAGUUCCACAUCCUACUUUGUUCUUAAAAAGCAUGAAAUUCGUUGAGGAUACACCCUGUUGUUUUGUAAUCCAUUGAUUCACAAAAAGAAGAAAACAUAUCUUUUGUGUCCAACUUGAAGAGUAAUUUAUUUCCAUGCAAUGUUUUUCUUUUUAUUUAAAUAAAAACAAAAACAAAUUUGGUUACAUAAAGUGCACAUGUUUUUAAAUGCUGAAUUACAAAGUCAAACAAAGCUGUCAAUUUCCAUCACAAUUAGUGCUUGGGUUAUUUUGGGACAGAAAAAAACAACCAAAAUCAUAUUUUGGGAUUUAUUUGUACAUAUGUAUGAUCAAUGUGAAUUCUUACUAAAUUAUAAAUUUCCUAACAAAUUCAUAUCAUAAAAGAUAUUAUUUGGGUAAUACACCUGGCAAUAAUGGUGAACAUUGUACCUACCAAAAGUGCGAACUGAGUUCCGAGUAACAAUACAGGUACCUGUUGAGGAUGCUGGAUGGCAGCAGACUUACUAGGCAAGUCUAGCCAACUUGCAAAUGGCUUGUUGGUCCAGCGUCUUUAAGCUUGUACAAAUUAAUCAGUCUUAAACUAUAGCACUUUGUUAACGGACAAUCUAUACUCAAAGUGGACUUGUGGACAAGUCGUUACAUGUUUGUCGUGGUGGUUGCGCAACGGCUCGCGACUACGGGCAAAUUUAAAUGGGGCACAUUCAACAGCAAGCAUUAUCACGAAAGCAGUUUAAACAUGUGAGAGUAUGUACCGUGACAAACAUUUAUUUGAAUUGUCAACAAGUCAAUACUGAAAAUUGUUCAUUGGGCUUAUUAUUAAACUGUAUGAUAACAUGCCAAAUUCAUUCCAAAAAGCCCUAGGCUUUUCUUUGUACAUAAAUGUAUAUUAAUUGUUUAUAGCUCACUGCUUCAAGUUGUGCUUCAAAAUAAUGAAACAGUCAAAUAAAAUAUCGCAAGCAUGUCGAGUGAAAUCCA